CCAGAGCUCCAGAAAAUAGCUAACACGGACUGGGAGCAGCUGCCCUGUCCCAGGUGAGGAUCCUGAGUCCCAGCAGUGCCUGUGGGUGGGUGAUGCAUGUGGUGCUGGCAGACUUCUUACAGGAGCUCCCUGGCCUGUUCCUGUUCUUUGGGAUCUUCCUGCCUGUGGCUUUGCUGCUCUUCCUCCUCAUUGCAUACUUCAGGAUCAAGAUGAUGGAAGAAGGACUGGCACAGAGACAACGUAGGCAAAGUGCUGCUGGCCACAGUGCAGGUCCCAGAGCAACUGCCCAGUGUGUAGACAUCACUGUGAUUGCUGCCCAGCGACCCCUGUCUUCCUCAGCACAUCCCUACCCAAGUAAGCUGUCUGGAGAUAAAGUCACAGACAAAAAUCCAUAAAACUACAUCGAUAGCUCAACAACACUGGAACUGCUUCUGAAGGAUUUGAGCAGAGGCAACAGAAGGCCCCCAACAACUCUUCUUCACACAUCUCCCUUCUUCAAUCAAAAUGCUAAUAAAGAACUGUCUCAUAUUCGUGAUCACCAAUACACAAAUACUGUCCUUUCCCAGAGAAUUAAAUGAAGAUGACCGCUUGUGGCUAAAGCACCGUGUCUACUGGUCAGAGCAAGGAUCAAUAAAACCACAGGAAAAUCCAGGAAGAAUGCAAUGAAAAGUAGCAGCUAUUAUCCCACAGGACUUCUUGGAGACCUAGUUUCAAUGGCAGUUCUUCCUAAAGUACCAAGACCCUAAGAUUUUCUUGAAUAUGAUCAAUGCAUUGGGCGUAUCAUAACUUUAACUGUAACUGUAUUUACUUUAAAGGACAGUGUUCUUAAAAUAAAAUUCCCAGAGCACAUCACACAACUCCAUGAAAGCUCACACUAUUCUCACUGUGGAGGUAAAGAAACUGAAGAGAAAGAAAACAAAUAGCGAAAGGUCAUUGGAGGAUCUGUUCCUCAGGUCACAUGAGCUCGGGAG